AUGACCUCUUUACCAUUAAACACCAGGUUGAAACUACGUUUCCAAAGUUGGAUUGACAUAAAACUUGCAGGACAUAAAGCUAAAAUAACGGAACCAAAAGCAAAGAAUCCACGAACCUACAAAAGGCAAACCAACCUACAAAAAGCAAACAACCCUACAAAAAGCAAACCCUACAAAAAGCAAACAACCCUACAAAAAGCAGAAAAUUACGGAACAGCAAACUUACAAAAAUAA